UUUUACGUCAACAGUAUAUCUUAUCACGUUUCGUCAAAAAUUUAUAUAGGACUGUAGAAAUGCCACAAACCUGUUGGUCAAACAAGACCCCCUUUCAAAUGGGCCUCAUCUUAACACUAAUGGUGGCAUUGCCGUACUUGGUAGUGAUGAUCUUUAUUUACUUGUCGUUCAUCUUUGGGUCUUAUGAGUCUGAAAGCUGUUUAAGGUUGUGUCAUAACAUAUCAAGCGAAUAUGAAGAAAGACAGAAUAAGCCAAAAAAAUGGGCAAAUGAAGAUGACAUGAAAGAAAGAUGGGUGGUUGGUCCUGAAAAUUUUUCAGAAAUAGUGAAAAAAGAUUUAAAAAUAGUAGAAGAAAAUCUACCAGCAGUUGCUAAAAGAGCAGUAACUAAUGAGAAAUUAAAAACACCGCAACGAAUUAACGAAUAUACAAAAAAAACCUUAAAGGCUGAUAGUAAUCAACAUUAUUUUCCAGUAGCAGCUUUGCUGGAAAAAUUGUACUAUGACAAAAGUGAUGAAGAACUAUUUAAGUGUACUAUCGCAAAACUUUCAUCAAAUUGGGCACUAACAACCACUAAUUGUUUUAAAUAUGAGGUUUAUAAAUGGAACUUGUUGUCGAUUCGAAGUAACUCGUAUUACUGGUCAAAGGGUGGUAACAUAAAUAAAAUAGAAAAUGUUUUCUCGUACAAAAACUUAGUGGCACUCAAGCUAAAAUCUGAUCAACCUUCCGCACAAUUUUACAUUUCAAACUUCUCUAACAUAUCAAACAAUAAACAAACAUUUUAUUGGGUUGUUAAUUUACAGCUUCCAUUACAAAAAAGACUAAAAUUUGGUAAACUACAAAUCACAAAUCUUCCAUCAAAGGAAACUCAUGAUAUGCCCAUAUUUAAUUUCAACCAGAAUUUGAUUGGUUUCCAAUCAUGUAAGUUUACUUAUGAAAACUUAAGUGAAUACCGUUCUUGGUUAGACAAACUGAAUGUUUUUUGAGAGCUUUUUGAAAUCUUGUUUCGCUACUCAUGGAUUGUUUUAAACUAUAUUUUGGUUGUUUGGUAAUUUGGCAAAUAGGCUAUCAUUUUAUAAAAUUUAGAGGCCGUGUACUGGAAUAGAAAGCUAGGAUUCAUUAGAAUCAGGAAAUAGAUAAUUAUUUAAAGUCAAAAUCUUAUCUUCAAAAUAUGCUUUACACUGUAGAUAAUGGAUAAGAUAAGUAAUAAAUUUCAUCAAAUAAUGUUUCAUGGAAGAGCAAAAUGGAAGCAGAAUUUUUUUUUAAUUUAUUUUUAACUACUUUUGUCCAAUAAAA